GUUGUGCAAAACACACAUUAUGCUGAAGAGCCCAUGCUGCAAUGCCUCAGUGAAUAUAGGAUGAACAACACAGAUGAUAUCACAGUACUCAACUUUUUUGAUGAAAUGGAAGUUCAUCCUAUACUAAUAUCUGUUGAAGAAGACCUAAGUCCUACUUUAAACACAAUAGUUGAAACUAUUAGUGAGAAAAUUGGCAAGCCACGCAACUAUGGCCCAACAGAGGAAGAGCUUGAGAUGCUUGCAUGGAAAGCAGAACAAGAAAGAAAACAAAAGGAAGAAGAAGACCUGGAAAGAAGGAAAGAAGCAGAAAGAAUAGCCCAUGAGACACACAUGCAAAAAAUGGAGGAAUGGGUUCGUCUCAUGGAUGCUAUGAAACAAGAAGAGGAGGAGAUGCUGGCUAUACAGUCACUACCAUUGCGUCAUUACCUUAUGAAAUAUGUAUUUCCUACACUAACAAAGGGUCUAAUGCAGGUUGCUCAAAUACGUCCUAGUGACCCCAUAGAUUAUCUGGCUGAAUAUUUAUUCAGAGAAAAUCCAGAAGGCAAAAUGUUGGAGCCACAUUAUCAUCCAGCUGCUGAGGAACUCUUUGCAUCCAUUAAGAAAUUUCAAAGUAUUGCAAGAAAAAGUGGGGAAGGAGGCCAGUCCACUGAUACUGAGUCGUAGUAACAGCUGACUAUCACAUUUAGACUUUAUUGUUUACGAAGUUUCAAAGCCUGUUUGCUUGCUUUAUGAGUGAAUUGUAUCCAAUAUUUAGCUCUCAGGAGAGAAGAUCAUAAAAUAAUUUUAUUUGUCGUAAAUAAA